CGGAACAACUUCCCCUGUGCAGCUGACCAGUAUGAGCUUGUGAGGGAGAUUGGCAAGGGCGCAUGUGGAUUGGUGUGGCUGGCGAAAUGCCUGCCGCUAGAUGAAGAGGUGGCCCUGAAAAUCCUCGAGGCGGAUGACUUGAAGUGCCCUCUGGAGCACAUCAUGCGCGAGACGCAGAUAAUGCACGAGAUGCGGCACCCGAAUGUCAUGCCCCUCUACUGCUCCUUUGUGCACAAGGAGCAGCUGUGGAUGGUCAUGCCUUAUGUGGCAGGAGGCUCCUUGUUCGGCAUCAUCUCUGGCAACUACCCUCAGGGGCUGGAGGAGGAAGUGGUGGCCACUGUGGCUCUGGAUGUCUUGCGCGGACUAGAGUACAUGCAUGCCCACUCCAUGAUCCACAGAGAUGUCAAAGCGGCGAAUGUGCUGGUGAACACAGACGGCCGAGUGGUGCUGAGCGACUUUGGGGGAAGUGGCAGCGGUGGAGGGCAAUUCCGGUCUGCGUGGGCGUGCCAGAAGUAUCUGGCACGCAACACAUUCACCGGGACUCCCUGCUUCAUGGCGCCCGAGGUCAUGGCCGCCACAGAUGACUGCCAGUCGUACAACAUGGCUGCGGAUGUGUGGUCAUUUGGAAUUUUUCUGGAGGAGCUGGCGCUGGGAAGGGCGCCAUAUGCACACAUGAAGCUGGAAUCUGUCAUCCUGACUACACUGCAUGAGGAUGCGCCAGUUUUGGGCAACCAGAAGACCAAGCGCAAGUUCUCAGAGGAGCUGCAAGACAUUGUGGCGGUGUGUCUGCAGAAAGACCCUUCACAGCGGCCCAUCUGUUCUCAGCUGCUCAAGCACAAGUUCUUCAAGGUGCGCUGA